GAGACUUCUAUUUUAGUGCCUAUCAACAGCUUUUCAUAGAGCCAUUUCUUCUUAGAGCCCUUCCAUCGAACACAGAGACUUCAUCAUGGAAACUAAAGUAGUGAUUAACCCACCUCAGCAAGUGAUGGCCAUCCAAAACUCUCGGGAGUGGGGGAGCGGCAUAUGUGGCUGCUUUACGGAUAUGAGAGACUGCUGUCUUGCAUUCUGGUGCCUCCCCUGCUUUGCCUGCUUGACCAGCAGAGCGUAUGGGGAGCAUCUCUGCACCCCGUUACUGGAGUGCUUUGCAUAUAUGAUCUCACCAAUCACCAUGUCCAUGAGGACCAGCAUGAGAGAGCGCUACAAAAUCGAGGGCUCCAUUGCUAGGGACUGUGUUUUCGUCACUUUCUGCCUACCCUGCGUUUGGUGUCAGAUGUCCAGAGAGAUAAAGAGAAGGAACUUGCAAGUCGUCAUGGUCGGCGCAAAAAACAUAUGAGCUCAUUCUAAAUUUAUAUUAAAAGAAAAGUAAAUGGUGGAUAUAAACUAAAUUCCAAAUCUCAACUGUAUAUUCUGUAGUAAUGAUUUGUCAUGACUUAUUUUCUAGAGUAAAUACUCAGUGCUGCUAUAUUUUAGCACUUGGAAACACACAAUAAAGAAAAUGUUAACAACAGAAAUAAAA